AUGGCGACGGACAAUCUCAGACACGAGGCGCCUGGCCGUGUUGUCGAUGCUUGCCUGCUUGUCUAUGCGUCGACGACUGACCCAACACGGGGCAGAGGCGAACGAAACGAGAGUGAUGUGCGCGACCGACUGGACACUGAUGACGCCGGAGAAAAGAAUACGUACAGACUGAUCAAGCACGGCGGCCAGCGAAUGCACGCCGCGCUGAGGCUGGGAGAUUCCCAAUCAACGCGAGCCUCCGGCGUUCGUCCGUCAAGCACAAGCACAGCACAACAGGCCGCGAUCCUGAGGCCGGUAGCCCAACCCCAUGGGGUGUACGCCUGCGGCAGUCAGUCAGUUGCGUGA